CCUUCCUUUUUCUCUUCUCCGUUAAACCCUACUGAAGCUUAAACCCAGAAAUCCCCAAAUUAACUCAAUUACAGCCACCACCACCACUAGCAGCAACACCACCACCAAAUCCCCUUCACUUUUCUAUUCAUUGUUGUUAUGACAGAAACCUCAACCCAAAUCCAAAAUCCAGAUUCCAAAACAACCACCACCUCUCAUGAAAAUGAUGGAUUAGGUUUCUGGAAAUUCAUGGUUGCAGGUUCAAUUGCAGGAAUGGUUGAACACAUGGCAAUGUUCCCAGUAGAUACACUCAAAACCCGUAUGCAAAUGCUCGGUGCUGCAACUUCUUCUUCACCUGCUGCUGCUGCUGCAUCUUAUAGUAGUCAUCAUCACCAUCAAAUUGGGAGAUUUUUUACUUCAAUUAUGCGAAAAGAAGGUCCUUUAGGACUUUAUAGAGGAAUUGCAGCAAUGGGUCUUGGUGCUGGUCCUGCCCAUGCUGUUUAUUUCUCUGUUUAUGAAACUUGUAAAAGGAAAUUAGGUGGUAAUGAACCUGGGCAUCAUCCACUAGUGCACGCCGUUUCUGGCGUUGUUGCGACGAUAGCGAGCGAUGCGGUGUUGACUCCUAUGGAUGUUGUGAAGCAGAGACUGCAGUUGAAAAGAAGUCCUUAUAAUGGUGUUAAAGAUUGUGUUUUGAGAAUGUUUAAAGAAGAGGGGUUUAGAGCUUUUUAUGCUAGUUAUAGGACUACUAUUGUUAUGAAUGCACCUUUUACUGCUGUGCAUUUUGCUACUUAUGAAGCUAUGAAGAAAGUUUUGAAUGAGAUUUCGCCGGAGAAUGCUAGUGAAGAGCGACUAAUGGUUCAUGUUAUGGCUGGUGGAGCUGCGGGUGCUCUUGCUGGCGCGGUUACUACUCCAUUGGAUGUUGUUAAGACAAGACUGCAGUGUCAGGGUGUAUGUGGGGCAGACACGUUUAGAAGUAGCUCUAUAAGGCUGGCUCUUAAGCAGAUAGUUGCUAAAGAGGGUUACCAGGCCUUGUUGCGUGGACUGACACCAAGAGUAUUGUUCCAUGCACCUGCAGCUGCCAUUUGCUGGUCUACUUAUGAAGCAAUGAAAAACUUUCUGCAGAAUGAUCCUGAAGGACACCCUUCUCCUCAACUCUAACGUCUCGAUGAACAUAACCUUCUAAUUCCUCGUUUCCUUCUGUAUCCAAAACAGAUCAGUCUCAUGUGGUUCAAGUAAGUCCACAAUUUAUGCAUCUUAUAAAUUAGAAGUCUCGUUUCCACGACCGCUGUCAUUGGGUAAUUCGUCUUAAGUUAUUUUUUGCAUGGGCACAUGCUGUUUAUGCUCCAUUUUUGCGUGGCCAACUGCUGCCUUAGUGCCUUUGCCUUGUUGUAUUAUUAGUGAGAGUAAGUGAUAACUGAUAACAAUUUGCGGCGAAUCAAAAACUGGCGAACUGGCCAUGUUCUUAAUUAAGCACGACUGGUGCAAAAAGUAUGGCGAGGCAGGAAUAAUGCCUCUCAUCUUUGCAGAUUUUUAUUCAAUUGAGAUAUU